CUCUGGGCGGAGGGCCUCGGUGGUGGUCCUGAUGUCCCCCACGCCGCCUGCGUUACGCCGUCUUCGCCUUUCAACACAGAGGGCAGCGGUGUGGGGAAACCAAAAGAGCUCUCUGUGAGCCACCAGAAUGCCGUGCAGGAGGAGCUGAGCCACCGAGCCGGUGGCGCAGAUCAGAACGGUGUGCGGCUGACUUUUGUGCUUCACCUGGCCCAAAACACGGAGGUGCGCUGGGAGUCGGUACUGUGGCAGGGUAGACUGUACCUGCAGGUGCCGAGCUGCCUGCUGCCCGAGGGGUCCAAGGAAGGGUUUGUCUCAAUCUUGGAGUACGCGGAAGACGCUCUGCAGUGCAGUAGUGUGAUUCUCUGCCUGAAAAAGGACCGCUCGGACCGAGCGCUCCUACUGAGGACGUUUAUGUUCCUUGGAUUCCAAGUGCUACCACCCGACCAUGAAAUGGUGCCGGCCAACAUCGAAAGCAACCUCUAUAUGAUCUACUCCAUCGAGUGAGCAGCCGCUACACCUUACAGGGUGGUCCCCGGUCGCCGCUGCCGAAACUCGUUCAUUGCCAGAGUCCAUCCGCCAGAACACUGCCCCAUUUUCUAUCACACGUAGCGUACUUAACGAUCAAGAUGACGAUUUCACAGUAGUUACUUAAUUCCAAAGAAAACGAAAAGCAGUUUCGUCAGCGGCGAUCUGAAUGACCUCCAUCCUGGAGCCCUGUACUUUGCUUAGCUCGCAGUGUCCAUUUUCACUGUUCCUCGAAUCGUGAACUGUGGUACACUGCAAGGAAUGACGAGCCUGGAGAGGUUCUGACGCACGGGCAAAGUACAGGCCGCUCCUGCAAUUCGCGGCCACCCUGUCAGCUCCAAAUAAAAUGGCACUCGAAUUACGUUUCCCCAUACUGAGUGGGGCCGUGAGAAACUCCGCUUGUGCAGCCUGUGGCAAGGGCGAAUUUUGUCUAACUUAAAGCUAAUUGGCACUUUUCUAUCGAUUUUAAAUUAACUACCGUAGUGGUCGUUCUAAUAGGUUUUGGGUGAGGGUCGUUCGCUCUGCUGCACACUCGGUUUGUCUCGCCGCCUUCUUCCCUAUGUUUUGAAGGGCAAGACCAUUUAUGUAAACACAAAAAUCCAAAAAAAUCCAAAAAAUUUUAAAAUUCUAAAAAAAGGUUCUGUAGUUCAAUUCUUAUUCUGCUAGGUAUAAUCGAUCGAUCGACGAGUGUUGUAAUCGAGUAAUUUGGCGUGUAAAUUUUCUUGCUGUCUAUUUCUGGUUGAUAUCAACUGGAGGCAAGGGCUUAAAAUUCGAUUGCUUUUUUUUCAUCAGAACUGAUUCCAUUCUAGUGAACCAACAGCCUCCGUGAUACAUUCCAGACAAAUCAGAUCGACUUUCUUUUUGACAAGCCAAUAUGUUGUGUCGACAAAAAAUGCAUUAAAUUUUAUUUUACUCAUAUCCAAAUGGUAUUCUCUGCUUAUACUGUUCAUUUAACUAUCAUACUUAGAAGGUAGAGAUUAAAUUAUAAUGCUAUUUUGAUCCUUGUUUUGAUGGAAUGUAAUGAAAUUUUAUCUAUGCUGCAAAAUAAAUGUAUUAAUUAACAACACAAA